CUAUUCCAUGCAGAAAACAGGCAUUGAAACAGUACAAAAAGCUGUCCAUAAUAAAAAUGGCAAAGAUUUUCUCAGAUUCGAACCCCCUCACUCGCCAAGAAACUGAUGCCUCCUCUUCCCCCUCCUCCUCCUCCGCCCCCUCCUCCGCCUCCUAAUUCCCCUUCCCUUUAAACCUUUCAUUAUAUAAACCCCAUACACCACUAAGUUCCCGACCACCAAAACAUACAAACCCCCCUGAGAUGAAGAAAACUCCGGCCAAACGACAGCGUACUCCCCGGAGAGGACCAGGCGUGGCGGAGCUCGAGAAGAUUCUCAAGGAGCAACAAGCCCAAGACUCCAACACCCAAUUCCCACCCAUGUCCCCGCCGCCACCGCCGCCACCUCCCCCGCCGUCACAUCAAUUCCUAUCUCCAUCACCACCGCUACCUCUAACCCCAAUUCCAUUCCUACCACCCCGUGAGUUCCCUUCUCGCCCAAAUAUCUCGCCGUUCACUACUCUCCGUCCCCGCCCUCCGCCACCAAAAUCCGACACCCAAAUUAAUAUUCCGCCGCAGUUUGUACCCAAUUUCCAAUUCUCACCUCCCUCACUCAAUCGCCAAUUUUACAACAACCCAAUGGAAAAUUUCACUCCUGCCUCCGCCUCAUCCUCAUCGUGUCCGCCGGCAACGCCACCGCCGCCCAAUUGCUUUAAUCAAAUAGAGCAACCUUCAAGCCAAAAAUCUCCUGAUUUAAACCACCCAUGGACGACGCCGGAGGAACAAGAACAGAUUGUAAGUGGGAAAAGGACGAGACCCUUUCUUGAUGAAGCCCAUUGGGAUCCAAAUCUGUUCAAUAUUGCAAGGAAAAAGGGUUGUUCGUCGUCAUCGUCGUCGUCGUCUUCAUCCGAAAUGAAUCGCUCUGCAAUGUUUUUGGAUUCAAAUUUGAGUGGAAGCUAUCAAUUGGGUGAAGAUAGCAGCAGUUUAUUGGCAUUGAGAAGUUCAUCAACUCCAAAUCAAUUUGCACCAUUUCAUUUCCAAGAAACGAUGGAGACUUCAAUGCAUAGAGAUGGAGGAAGUGCAUCAAAUUACAACAAAAUUACAUUUGACACCUCCAAUGGAUCGAAGAUGAAGUCAAAGUCAAAGGGCAAAGAAGUAAAUGUGAUUGGUUCUCGAGCUGAGCCCAAACCUGAACCUGAAAAUGAGGACGAAAGAGAUGAUAUCGACCUGGAUUUGAAGCUCUAGUCGUCACGUUUUUUGUGAAAAAAAAAUAUGCACACAUAGCAAGUUGUUCUAGCAGUACCUGCGAUUGGCUCCCAAGGUAAAUCCAAAACCUGAACCCGAAAAUGCGGACGAAUGAGCUGACAUCUACCUUGAUUUGAAGCUCUACUCGUCACGUUUUUUGUAACGAAAAAAUAUGCACACAUAGAAAGUUGUUCUUGUAGUAAUUGUGAUUGGCUCCCAAGGUAAAUCCAAAACCUGAACCCGAAAAUGAGGAUGCAUGAGUUGACAUCGGCCCUGAUUUUAAGCUCUAGUUGUCAAGCUUUUUGUAACGAAGAAUAUGCACAGAUAGAAAGUUGUUCAGUACUCAAUUUCCGUUUUA